AUGACGCCCACACCGCCAUCCACCUCCUCCAGCGUAGGCGCGAACUCGCCGGAAUUCAGAGUGAUUCGCAAACGUAAUCGAGUUCCGCUAUCAUGUGCUCCUUGUCGCCAUAGAAAAUUGAAAUGUAAUCGCACACACCCAUGUGAUAACUGCGUGAAACGGGGAGAUGCGAGCUCAUGUUCGUAUUCGCAACCUAAUGCUCGGAAGAAGAACCUGCCACAACAGACAACGCCCACAUCCCCAGAUGAUAUGCAAAAUCGGAUUGAUCGAUUAGAAGGUCUGGUUUUGUCGUUGAUGACAAAUGGGAACCAGGCUGCCGGUCCGGCGGCCGCUUUGGCAGCGAUAUCUGGAGAGAGUAGCGCGGGCUCAACGGGACUGUCCAACGAGCUUGAUCUUGAUGAGGACAUCCCUGAGGGUGCGGAAGAGAGUGAUACGGAACAGGUCACAAAGUCCUUUGGUGUGAUGAAAGUGGACAAUAAUAAGUCCUAUUACAUCAGUGAAGCCCACUGGGCAUCCGUGUUGAAUGAUAUCUCAGAGGUGCGGAAUUUCUUCGCAACACAUAAAAAGCAGCUCGAAGAACAAGCAGAGAAGGUAAGGGCAGCUCGCCCACGUACUGAUGUUCCUGAGUCUACCUUGCUGUUCGGAGUGAUGAAGCCUCUCAGUCGCGCAGAGAUCAUGGCUUCUUUACCCUCGAAAUACACGACUGAUCUCCUGGUCGCUCGAUACUUUAACAGCUACGACCCAGCUACACAUAUUCUUCAUGGACCGACGUUCCAAUCUCAAUACAACAGGCAUUGGGAGGACCCCUCUCAAACCGAGCUUGUUUGGAUUGCAAUGCUAUUUGCGAUGAUGAGAUUGGCUAUGCUUUCAUUUCAUCGAGAACGAGACGAGCCGCCUGAAUUCAGGGGCAAGGCGAUGGAUAUGGCUGGUUCAUUCCGUAACUCGGUCGCGCAUUGUAUCAGCCUAGCGGACUACACAAAGCCACAUCCAUAUCUAAUUGAAUGUCUUGUUUUCCAUUUACACGGUGACUUUUCACAGACCCGCGAAGCGGACGUAUCUGUUUGGGUCUUGACUGGUGUAAUUGCCCGUCUAGCCAUGAGAAUGGGAUAUCAUCGUGAUUCGAAGGUCUUUCCCAAUAUCACCCCCUUUCAGGGUGAAAUGCGGCGCCGUGUAUGGUCUUUCGUGCGAGUGUCAGAUGUGUUGUUUUCGUUCCAGGUCGGCAUGCCGAGCAUGCUUCGAGCUUCCGAUACUGACACGGAAUUGCCACACAACCUCUAUGAUGAUGACUUCGAUGAAGAUUGCAAGGAAUUGCCACAGUCUCGCCAGUUAAGCGAACCAACGCCGAUCUCGUACUUGAUUACCAAAGCUCGCCUGGUAUUUGUAUUCGGUCGAGUCAAUGAACACGCCUCGUCAACCUCGAAUAGCUCAUAUGACAAGACAAUGGAGCUUGAUGCUGAGCUUCGACAGGCUAGAGAGUCAAUCCCCGAUCAUUUGCGAGUUCGCCCAAUGGAAGAAUGUCAAUUGGACCCCGUGCAACUUAUCAUGUCUCGUCAUUCUGCCUACACUGUUUAUCACAAAGCGCAGAUAGUCCUCCAUAGGCCAUACCUUGUUCGUGCACGAGAGAACCCACGGUUCACUUAUUCACGACGAACAUGUAUCGACUCCGCUAUGGAUAUGCUCAAAGCACAAUCGGACAUGCACGCAGAAACGCGGAAUGGACGUCUUGCUGGCCGGCAUAACCUUGUCACCUCUCUCUGCUCCGCAGACUUCCUGCUAGCGGCCACAAUCGUAUCUCUUGAUUUGUACCAAGGAUAUCAGCACCAAGCUGCGUCCCGACCAUCUGAUGACGCCUAUACUUGGGGUCGCGAGCGUCGCGAUGAGAUGACUGCAGCACUCCAGCACUCGAAAGAGAUCUGGGAUGAGAUGCGUGACGAGAGCAUGGAAGCGUGGAAAGCUACCAGCAUUCUUGGUGUCAUGCUUGCCAAAUUGCGCAGUACCGUUCCAGGCCUUGAAACCGGCACUGGGAACGCCAUGUUUGAGCCCCAGGAUGAGAAGCAGAGCGCUGCCAUGACAUUAGGUCUACUGAGCAGCGGGAUGAGCCCGAUUAACCCGGGUCUAUCCCCAUUUUCAGACCCUACUAUGAGGAUGACAGACUCGCCGAUGCCUGCCGGCGCGAUGGGCAUGGGCAUGGGUAUGGGCAUGGGCGCGGGGGCCCCGGCUGAAAUGCCAAGCGGCCCUCUUUCGCCAUUCAGUAGCAUGUUCGGCCAGAUGCCGGACAUGCAGGCUAACCUUGAUUGGGAUGCCUGGGACACAUACAUUCAAAACCCCACCUUUGACACCUCAAAUCAGUUCUGGCCGAUGAUGGACUCUACUGGUCAAACUGUCCAGCCUAAUGGGCUGACACAGCCCUCAGCAUCUAAUCCACUUGACACAUCAAGGAUACCAAGUGGAGUACCGCCAAUGCCGAAUGGUGCCGGUACUGGGCAAAUGCCAAGUAUGUUCUCACCAUCUUCAAAUAGUGAGAGCAACGGAUCUUCCAUGCCAGCAUUCACACCAAUGCAUUCCCUCCGCCGGAGCUCGUCGCGGCUAUUGAAGUCAGCGGGGUCACAUCCAACUGUAAUCUCUCGAUUACAAUGCACUGUCUCGCCUCGAUUUCAUGCUUCCACUCUUUCUACUCCAACACCCUUUAUCCCCACUCGUCUCGUCCGUUGGAAAUCCUCCACGAAUCAACACUCUAAAACGCCACAACAAGACUUCAACUCCUCGAUCCCCUCAAAAGCCCAGUUCAACAAGUACAUUGAGCCAGAAUACGAGCUCACGCCCGAGGAAAUCGAAGCAUAUAAGAAUAUACACUCGGAAGCCGAAAAAGAUGAUGUGGAUUACCUUGAUCUGUAUGCAAGGUCAAAAGCGGCAGAGGAAGAGCAACAAAAAGAUGUGUCAGGUGCGGUGGGCAAGAGGGCAGGACGGCUUCGGGCUCUGGAUGAACAAUUAAAAUCAAAGUCGAAAGACUUCGGAGAUCCAUCGUCGAAAUCGACUACACCACCCACGGACUCUAAGUCUGCGACCAAUUCCGCCAAACCCCCUUCAACACCAUCUAAGCUACUGCCUCCCAGGACCGAAGUACCUCAUGAGACCAUCUACGUUGGGAAUUUAUUUUUCGAUCUUGCUGCGGAGGACUUACGGGCCCAUUUUGAGCAGUUUGGAACUGUGCUCAGCACGACUAUUGUGCAUGACAAUCGCGGAAUAAGUAAAGGAUUUGGAUACGUCCAAUUCUCAAGUGUCGAGGAAGCAAAAAUAGCAGUCGAAAAGCAACAUAUGAAAGUUCUUGGCGGCCGCCAAGUUGUCUUACAAUACGCACGCAACAAUAUCAAGCCAUUGCAAGAGGAACACGAUGCUACCAACACGGUCUACCUUGGGGGCAUUCCCUACGAAUUGACCGACCGAGACGUACAAGACCUCUUCUCGGACAUAACGAACGUUUUCGAUAUCCGUGUACCCGUCGACAGGCGAUCUGGCAUGCUGCGCGGCUUUGCCCAUGUGGAGUUCCUCGACGUUGAAGCUGCGCGGAUAGGCAAGGAAAUAUUGGCAAGAAAGUCGCCGUAUGGGCGAAAGAUGGUGGUUGAAUUUACCAACCUGAAGAAAGUGGGCAUGUUACAUUCAGAACGACACCCUGAGAGACCAGCGGAGGAUGGCGAGAUGGAUUAA